AUGCCAAGAGGCCGUCCCGUUAAGCAUCACUUCGUGGCAGCGUUAGGAGAGUUCGUGGGCACGUUUCUAUUCCUCUUCUUCGCUUUUGCUGGGACGCAGACGGCGAACGAGUCGACGUCUACUUCGACUGCUGAUACGGGGCCUAAUCUGCUGCAAUUGUUGUAUAUUUCUUUGGUCUUCGGGUUUAGUCUCGCGAUCAAUGUUUGGAUCUUCUUUAGAGUUAGUGGCGGGUUGUUUAAUCCUGCGGUUACCUUGGCACUGUGCAUAACGGGCGUCGUCCCAGUUCUACGAUCGGUUUUCACUUUUAUAGCACAGAUCCUAGGCGCCAUUGCCGCGGCUGGGGUGGUCAAAGGUCUUAUUCCGGGAUCUGGUGUUCUGUUCAAUGUCGAAUUGCAAUCAGGGAUGAGUAUUCCACAGGGACUGUUCCUGGAGAUGUUCUUGACGGCUGAGCUUGUGUUUACGAUUCUCAUGCUGGCUGCUGAGAAAACGAAAGCUACCUUCGUGGCACCUGUUGGUAUCGGUCUUGCGCUGUUCGUUGCCGAACUUGUCGGGGUUUAUUGGACGGGAGGUGCUUUGAACCCAGCGAGGGCAUUUGGACCAGAUGUCGUGACGGGAAAGUUCAACGGCUAUCACUGGAUCUACUGGCUAGGACCCGUCCUCGGCGCCCUCCUCGCAAGCAGUUUCUACGCUCUGAUCAAAUACCUGAAUUACGAAGAAGUGAACGGCGACCAGGAUAAAUCGCAAGACGAAGAGCAUAUCCUCGAUAUAGUGAGGAAGAAUACGGAUCCGGGUCCGAAACCAUCGAGUCGGCAGGGUCCGAGGGGAUCGCAUCAUUCGCAUAGGAGUCAGCGUUCGAAUAGGCCGGGGAGUGGACAUCAGCAGGGCCAGGGGGAGCCGACGAGGCAUUAUCAGGAGUAUGAGAGGAAUAGGGAUGGACCGCAUCAGGUGUAGGGACGGAAGGAAUUCCUUUACUUGGAAUAAAAGACAGAAAGUCAAGGAUGGGGGCGCGCUAUUCGGGUCAGGUUAGGACAUCACCAUACGAGCAGACAUAGACCAAUCUCAAGGGUCAAAGGGAUCUUUUCGGUUACUGUCAUUCAGAAAAAUAGCUCCCGACUUCGAUUUCUAGCAUCUGCAUCUGCGCCAUGCUGCUCACCAAGCUCCUUCGACUGUACUUGCAUCGCCAAGUUCAUCUUGCUUUACGCAUCAAAGGUUUGGGGUCCAUUUGCGGCGAGGUGAUAGCUCAUAUCGAAAACAAGAUAAGAAGGGUGAAAUUGUCAAUAGGGAACUCAAGAGCUGAUGUGCAAAGGAAAAAAAGCGGGCGAAAAUGUAUGGGUCGCUUCACUUGACG